AUGUACGCAGCGGUGGAACAUGGGCCGGUCCUCUGCAGCGACUCAAACAUCCUUUGCCUGUCUUGGAAAGGGCGUGUCCCCAAGAGCGAGAAGGAGAAGCCUGUGUGCCGGAGGCGCUACUACGAGGAGGGCUGGCUGGCCACAGGCAACGGUCGCGGCGUUGUGGGGGUCACCUUCACCUCCAGCCACUGCCGCAGGGACAGGAAUACUCCCCAGAGGAUCAACUUCAACCUGCGUGGACACAACAGCGAGGUUGUGCUGGUGAGGUGGAAUGAACCCUACCAGAAGCUGGCCACGUGUGACGCAGACGGAGGGAUAUUUGUGUGGAUCCAGUAUGAAGGCAGAUGGUCUGUGGAGCUGGUUAAUGACCGUGGGGCUCAGGUGAGCGAUUUUACUUGGAGCCAUGAUGGAACCCAAGCACUCAUUUCCUAUAGAGAUGGAUUUGUCCUCGUUGGUUCUGUCAGUGGACAAAGACACUGGUCGUCUGAGAUCAACUUGGAGAGUCAGAUUACGUGUGGUAUAUGGACUCCUGAUGACCAACAGGUGCUGUUUGGCACGGCCGAUGGGCAGGUGAUCGUCAUGGACUGUCAUGGGCGCAUGCUGGCACACGUCCUGCUGCACGAGUCGGAGGGCAUCUUGGGCAUGUCCUGGAACUACCCCAUCUUCCUGGUGGAAGACAGCAGCGAGAGCGACACAGACUCGGAUGACUACUCCCCGCCCCAAGAUGGCCCGGCGGCAUACCCCAUCCCGGUGCAGAACAUCAAGCCCCUGCUCACCGUGAGCUUCACCUCAGGAGAUAUCAGCUUGAUGAACAACUAUGACGACUUGUCCCCUACUGUCAUCCGCUCGGGCUUGAAAGAGGUGGUGGCCCAGUGGUGCACACAGGGAGACUUGCUGGCAGUGGCCGGAAUGGAACGACAGAACCCACUGGGUGACCUUCCCAAUGGUCCUCUGCUGAAGAGCGCCAUGAUCAAGUUCUACAAUGUCCGCGGAGAGCACAUCUUCACACUGGACACGCUCGUGCAACGCCCCAUCAUCUCCAUCUGCUGGGGUCACCGAGACUCGCGGCUGCUCAUGGCGUCGGGAGCAGCCCUGUAUGUGGUGCGUGUGGAGCACCGGGUGUCCAGCCUGCAGCUGUUGUGUCAACAGGUCAUCGUCAGUGCCCUGCGCGAGGACAAGGACGUCAGCAAGCUGAGCCUGCCCCCCCGCCUUUGUUCCUACCUCUCCACAGCCUUCAUCCCCACCAUCAAGCCCCCAAUUCCAGACCCCAACAAUAUGCGGGACUUCGUCAGCUACCCCUCAGCUGGUAACGAGCGGCUGCACUGCACCAUGAGGCGCACGGAGGAUGACCCCGAGGUGGGCGGUCCCUGCUACACACUCUACCUGGAGUACCUGGGUGGGCUGGUGCCCAUCCUUAAGGGGCGGCGCAUCAGCAAGCUGCGGCCGGAAUUUGUCAUCAUGGACCCCCGCACGGAUAGCAAAUCAGAUGAAAUCUACGGGAACAGCUUGAUCUCCACCGUGGUGGACAGCUGCAACUGCUCCGACUCCAGCGACAUUGAGCUGAGCGAUGACUGGGCUGCCAAGAAAUCUCCCAGAAUCUCCAGAGCGAGCAAAUCGCCCAAACUCCCCAGAAUCAACAUCGAGGCACGGAAGUCUCCAAAGUUGUCCCGGGCCACGCAGGAGGUCUCCCGGUCCCCCCGCCUACCAAUGCGCAAGACCUCCAUUGGCUCACCCAGCCUGACGCGGAGGGAGUUUCCAUUUGAAGACAUCACUCAGCACAACUACCUUGCUCAGGUCACUUCGAACAUCUGGGGAACCAAAUUUAAGAUUGUGGGCUUGGCCGCCUUCCUGCCAACCAACCUCGGUGCAGUGAUCUAUAAAACCAGCCUCCUGCAUCUCCAGCCUCGGCAGAUGACCAUCUAUCUCCCAGAAGUGCGGAAGAUUUCCAUGGACUACAUUAAUCUCCCUGUCUUCAACCCGAAUGUUUUCAGUGAAGAUGAAGAUGACUUACCAGUGACAGGAGCAUCCGGUGUCCCUGAGACUAACCCACCUUGUACCGUAAACAUCCCCAUCGCCCCAAUCCACAGCUCGGCCCAGGCCAUGUCUCCCACGCAGAGCAUCGGGCUGGUGCAGUCCCUGCUGGCCAAUCAAAACGUGCAGCUGGAUGUCCUGACCAACCAGACCACCGCUGCGGGUCCCACGGAGCACGCUGGAGACACGCCUGUCUCUUACCAGGUCCCCAGCCGCUACUCCAGCCCUGGGCAGGUGAUCUUCGGGGGCGUGGAGAUGAGCCGCUUGAUCCAGAACCCUCCGCCGCCGCCUCCUCCUUUGACCCUGCCUCCGCCCCCUCCCGGGGCAUUGCCGCUGACCCUGGUGGACCAUGGGGACCGCGACCAUGAGCACCUACAGAAGCCAGCCAAAGCCCUGCGGCCUGCCCCGCCCCUGGCGGUGGAGGGGGACGCGGUGGUCUUCAGUGCCCCCCAGGAGCUUCCCGUGAAUAAGAUGAACCCUCCACCCCCUUACCCCGGCACCAUCCCAGCCGCACCUACCACGGCCGCUCCUCCACCCCCACUGCCACCGCCGCAGCCCCCGGUGGAUGUGUGCCUGAAGAAGGGCGACUUCUCCCUCUACCCGACCGCUGCCCACUACCAGACCCCACUGGGUUACGAGCGCAUCACUACCUUCGACAGUAGCGGAAACGUGGAGGAGGUGUGCCGGCCACGGGCACGGGUGCUCUGCGCCCAGAACACCUACACCCUCCCGGGUCCUGGCAGUUCAGCCACGCUGCGGCUUACAGCCACGGAGAAGAAGGUCCCCCAGCCCUGCACCAGCGCCACCCUCAACCGGCUCACGGCGCCCCGCUACUCUAUCCCCCCGGGAGACCCGCCGCCCUACCCAGAGAUUGCGGGCCGCAGCGCCGCCCAGAGGCCAGACAGUAGCCUCAUCCACGCCACCCUGCGGCGGAACAACCGCGAGGCCGCUUUCAAGAUGGCCCAGCUGGUGGACCAGCAGCGCGCUACUCUGCAGCACCCACUCAAGCCCAAGAGCAGUGUGGUGGCGCCCCCGUUCCCUGGGCGGCCCCCGCCAGCGCUCUACACCUGCAGUCAGUGCAGCGGGGGUGGCUCCGGCGGGGGCACUGGGCUAGGGGGGCGACCCGACCCCAGUGGUAGCUCUCAGCCCAGCACGUCCCCCUUGACCUCCCAAUCCUCCUAUAGCCUCCUGAGCCCCCCAGACAGCGCUCGGGACCGCACAGACUAUGUCAACUCGGCCUUCUCGGAGGACGAGGCGUUGUCCCCACCCCGGCAGGCCGAGAGGCCCCCUCGGCAUGUCCCACUGGCUGACGCUGCCUCAGGCACCAUGAAGCGUCCGCCCCCUUACCAAUGGGACCCUGUGCUGGGCGAGGACAUUUGGGUUCCUCAGGAAAGGACAGCACAGACUUCUGUGCCCAACCCCCUAAAAUUGUCCCCGCUGCUGAUGGGCCAGAACCCGCACCUGGACAUGGCCCGAGGGCCCUUCAUCUCCCCCAAGUCGCCAGCCAGCCCUACUGCCACCUUCCAGACAGGCUAUGGGGUGGGGGUGCCCUACCCAGGGAGCUAUGGCAACCCCCCACUGCAGGGUAUGCCGGCUCCCUGCUCCCCAAAGGACGCCCUGGCCCCUGCCCAGUUUGCACAGCAGGAGCCGGCCUACCCGGCCAGCCUCUCCUACUGCCCCCUGCCCCCCAUGUACCCAGGAGGCAGCACGUGCUCCAGUUUACAGCUGCCGCCCGUCGCCUUGCACCCUUGGAACUCCUAUAACGCCUGCCCCCCCAUGCAGAACCCCCCAGGCCCGCUGCCCCCCAAGCCACACCUGAUGGUGGAGAAACCCCUCGUGUCACCUCCCCCCACCGACCCGCAGAGCCAUGUAGGCACCGAGGUGAUGGUGGAGACAGCGGACAAUUUGCCAGAGGUGCUCUCGCUGACUGAAAGCCCGCUCCCCCAGCGGACGGAGAAGUUCGGCAAGAAGAACCGGAAGCGCUUGGACAGCCGAGCAGAGGAGGGAAACGUGCAAGCCAUCACCGAGGGCAAAGUGAAAAAAGAGGCCAGGACGCUGAGUGACUUCAACACCCUCAUCUCCAGCCCCCGCCUGGGGAGAGAGAAGAAGAAGGUGAAGAGUCAGAAGGACCAGCUCAAGUCCAAGAAGCUGAACAAAACCAAUGAAUUUCAGGACAGCUCCGAGAGUGAGCCGGAGCUGUUCAUCAGUGGGGACGAGCUGAUGAACCAAAGCCAGGGCAGCAAGAAGGGCUGGCAGAACAAGCGUAGCCUGAGGACCGCCGGCGAGCUAGAGGGGUUCAAGUGCCGCAAGGCCAACGAGCGGGAGGAGGGGCGGCUGGGCAGCCAGGGUUUUGUCUAUGUGAUGGCCAACAAGCAACCCCUGUGGAAUGAAGCCACCCAGGUGUACCAGCUGGACUUCGGGGGACGUGUGACCCAGGAGUCAGCCAAGAACUUCCAGAUUGAGCUGGAGGGGCGACAGGUGAUGCAGUUUGGCAGGAUUGACGGUAACGCCUACAUCCUGGACUUCCAGUACCCCUUCUCGGCUGUGCAGGCCUUCGCUGUGGCCCUGGCCAAUGUCACUCAGCGCCUCAAGUGA